AUGCAAAUGAGGGCACGCUCCAGCCGCCUUUAGUCCACAGCGCGUGGAUGUGGAGAGCAAUGCAUUUGUGCACUCCUGAGCGCCACGAAAAACAACUAAAAUAAUACUUCCACCCCUGGAGAGAACUUACCAAAUUGUUUUUAUUUUCGCGAGAGAGACCGAUGUUUACAAACGAGGAUAGUUUAAACGUUGACUGUUAUUUUUAAAAUAGGACAUCGUAGUAUUUUAAUCGAUAGAACUUUGUUAUGUUAUGAGGCGAGAAUGAGUAACUCCGAGGACAGCGGAAGCAAAUGUUCGCCCGCCCCAAUUUCUAGCUUUACCAUUCAGUCAAUACUGGGUACACCGUCCGAAAGUGCACGAUCUGCGGCCAAGGAGAGCUGCAAGCCGCCGCAGCCCAGGAAACGCACCCUUUCUGUGUCAUCGGAAGAGGAAUGCAGCGGAGGAGAAGAUUGCUUCUGCUCCGACCCAGGUCUACCUGAGACCUGCAACCGACACCAACCCCUUAACUUUUCCUGUCUAGGUGCUACAAAAGGACUAAUAUCUGGCCAGGAUGGGCUCGAGAGACGGCCGCAUUUAACACAGCCCUUACUACCGGACUACAGAGAGGAGCAGGAGGGGGCAUGCAGUCAAAUGUCGCCCAUUUCCGAGGACAGACAGAGAGACGGCUCGGACAAACCAAAUGGUAAUGCAAAGAAGAAGACACGCACGGUGUUCUCCCGGAGUCAGGUCUACCAGCUGGAAUCCACCUUUGAUAUGAAACGUUAUUUGAGCAGCUCCGAACGGGCCUGCCUCGCCUCCAGCCUUCAGUUAACGGAAACUCAGGUGAAGACAUGGUUUCAGAACCGGAGAAACAAAUGGAAGCGGCAACUCUCUGCGGAAUUGGAAGCUGCAAACAUGGCGCACGCUUCGGCGCAGACUCUAGUUGGAAUGCCGCUAGUUUUCAGAGAGAAUUCGUUGCUCCGAGUUCCGGUUCCGAGGUCUAUUGCAUUUCCAACCCCACUAUACUACCCAGGAAGCAGUUUACCGGGGUUACCUUUGUACAAUCUUUAUAACAAGAUUGAUUAUUGACUCCAAAUUGAUGCGAAAAAUCUACGGGGAAAAGUACUAUUUCACAAAACACAAUACAGAACACCUAUAUGUUUGACAUAAUCAUGUCUAUUUAUAUCACUUUAUUUGGUGAAUUUAUAUUUCUUAUGACACGGCAAUUGUAUGUGUGAGAAAGAGGCGAGCUUCUGUAAAUGUAUAAAAUACACCAUGUGUAUAUUAAUUAUUUUGUACCUUUAACCACAGUUUUGUCCCUCGUAAAACCAGUUUUACACGUUAUAUGAGGAAGUAUGACAUUGUAAUACGCAUUGAACUAAACUCUCCAAAUUAAACCCUCUGCAUGUCCAGUUAUACUUGUUUUCAAGACGUUGAUAGGUACAUUCAAAUAUUGAUCUUCAAUAACAAUCUUUAAGUUAACCAGUCUGGGUGCUGUAUGUAAUGUAAUAUCUGGAGGCACUGGUACAAGAUAAAACAUCUUUGUUGUAAUCCACUCAUACAAUAAAUUUUCUACAUCAGCAA